CAGCCAGUGAAAGGGACAUCACAAUUAGCCUCACCUGUUGAUUUGGACAUUUUUGGAGGGAAAGUUUGGGACCGAGGCAAGGGGGAAAACCGGGGAAAGUGCGAUACUGUGUUCUGUCAUCCGUCUGGGUGAGUUUAGUGAGUUUUCUUUUUCAGGGUCCUGCUGCUAUGGGAGAGGAAAGGGCUGUGAAGUAAUAACAGCACUCCUCUUUCCUUACCUCUGCUCCUUCUCUCUGGGAUGGAUUACAGAUCACUGGCUGUGCUGACACUCCUGCCCUGCUGGACGAGCUGCAGGAGAGACUGAGAGACCGAGAGAACGGCUGAAACCAGCUAACGGGGAAUCAACAGCUGAAACCACCUAACGGGAACAGCUGAAACUCUCAGUAGUGUAUUUUCCUUUUAGGAGUCUCCCUAAAUUGCCACCAUGGCACUAAUGAAGGUCAAGUUUGACCUGAAGAAGCGGGUGAAACUAGCUCAGUUCCUAUGGCUGAUGUACUGGUUCUCAGUGAUGGCAGGCGUGCUGGUCUUCAGCAUGGGGCUGUUCUUUAAGAUCGAGCUGCGUAAGCGCUCAGAGAUGAUGGACAACAACGAGAGCCACUUUGUCCCUAACUUACUAAUCGGCGUGGGGCUGCUGGCCUGUGGGAUCAAUGCCAUGGGAGGCAAGAUCUGCUAUGACUCCCUGGACCCCAGCAAGUUCUCAAGGUGGAAGCCCAUGCUCAAAUCCUUCCUAGUCUCCUGUGUGGCUUUCAAUUGUCUCCUGGUGCUGACGGCUCUGCUCUGCUUCCUAAUGAGGAUCCCUCUCCAGUUCACACUGGCUGAGGGCCUGAAGAACGCCCUGAAGUUCUACAAGGACACGGACACGCCGGGACACUGCUACAUGAAGAGAACCCUGGACCAGAUGCAGAUGGAGUUCCGUUGCUGCGGCAACAACAACUUCAGGGACUGGUUCGAGAUCCAGUGGGUCAGCAACCGCUACCUGGACUUUGGUGCCAAGGAAGUAAAAGAUCGUAUCGGCAGCAACGUGGAUGGGAAGUACCUGAUGGAUGCCGUUCCAUUCAGCUGCUGUAACCCCAGCUCCCCGCGGCCCUGCAUCCAGUACCAGGUGACCAACAACACGGCCCACUACUCCUAUGACCACCACACUGAGGACCUGAACAUCUGGAAACGGGGCUGCCGCGACGCUCUGAUUUCCUACUACGGAGGCAUGAUGAACACCAUAGGAGCCCUGGUGCUGCUGGUCACUAUUCUGGAGGUUAUUGUGACGAUCGGCCUACAGUACGUGAACACCUCCCUGUCCAACCUGGCCAACCCAGAGGACCCAGAAAGUGAGAGCGAAGGCUGGAUCCUGGAGAAGACGGUGAAGGAGACAUUUACUGAUAUUAUGGACAAGAUGAAAGCCAUGAGCAAGGGUAAUGUAGUGGACGAGGCCGGAGUGGAUGGUGUCGCCACGGUGAGCUGAACAAGACACGUUGACACAAAUUGAGACCACUCCCACCGAAGGGAAGAAAGGCAGAUUGACCACCUCCUUUGCAUUUAUUACACAAAAUACACACAUGAUACACACAUAAUUCACACAUAUUACACACAUAAUGCACACAUAAUACACACAAAAUACACACAUAAUACACACAUACAUGCACAACACACACAAUUCUGUCCAUCUGAAGGGAAAACUGAAAUGGACACAAAUGGACUCUUUAGUACAUGUCAGCACUUACGACAUUUUGAAUGUACGAAUGCAUGAAUGUAUGUAUAAGUUACAUUAUAACCAAUUUCCAAUAUGCCCUCCCCCAAUCCAAUACACACAGACUCAAACACAAUACACACUUUUUCUAACACUCAUACUUUUUCCACACACACACACACACACACACACACAGACUUCCUCCAACCCCAACUUUGCUACUCUGCUUCAGUUCCCGUUUGAUGGGAGGCUUUCUCUGUGUGUUUUCUUACAUUCUGCAUAAUUCUGCUCAAUUUCAUAUUUUAUAACUUUAUUUUUAUCCCAUUAUUAAUCAAACGAGGGUGAGAAACAAAACACCCCCCACUGUCAUGUCAGAUGUUUUGCAUUGUACUGAGAACAUUUAUGUUUCCUAUGUAAUUUUAACAGGUUAAGAGUAAGGUCAGGGAAGCAGGUAUGUUGUGUUUUAUGGAUGGUGUGGGGCUGGUGGUUGUGAUGCAACCCGCUCCCCCUCCCAGAGAGGAGGUUCAAGUGGAAAGGUUAAAGGUUAAUUCAUAGCCCAAGGAAGAGCGAGUUUUAUAUAUAUUUUUGAUCCACCUGUAGUGCACUUUUCUUAUUAAAUAAUUCAUAGCAAAUUCCAAAGAAAAGGACUGUAACACCCCAGACAUCACCUCUUUAAAACCCUUCAUUUCUUACUGUUAAUUUGAGAGAUGGAGGGGGGCUGGAGACUCCUGGGCUGGAAGAGGUGGAACCAUUUUACACUAACCCGAUGUUGUUGAAGUUUGGGGGGGAGGGGCUAAAGGAGACGUGGCGGGGGUGAACCAGGGGUGACCCCAAAGUUGAGGAGGACAUUUGAGAUUGGCAGCUAAACCCCUGACCUCUGACCUCUGAACUCUGACCCCAGCCCCCUGCUCUGUGAGGUCACUCAGCAGGUCCAAUCAGCAUUCUCUUAUUGGACUAUCAAGAGCUACGGUAUAUACCAACACAUUUACAGACCAACGCCCAGGCUACUGUUGUCUUUGUAAAUAGUCUAGUAUUGAUACAUUACUUUUUUAAACAAUGUAAUUCAUCUAAAUUAUUUUAUUUACUGUAAAGAAAAUGUUUUGCCAUGAGAAAUCCAUCUGUUUUUAUUUUCUGUAUGUUGUGUAGAAAGAUGAUGAGGCCAUUGUGUAAAUUAAAAUGUUAAUAAAGGAAGCUAGCCCUGUGAAGUAG